CGCGCGCCCCCAUUGGUCGGCCCACCGCGCGCCCCCUCCACAACUUUUCCCGCUUCUGCUCGAAGCUUGCGGAAAGGGAGCGAGCGCGUCGAAUGCUGAGGACCGUGCGCGCUGACGUCACGGGUCGAGGCGCGGCGCUCUGAGGGCGCGAGGGGGCGCGGCCUGUAUCCGGAUAUAAAAGGGUGGCGGUGGGCGCGCGGCCGGCUGAGUGCGGCCGGGCAUCCGGGGUGGGUGGAGUUGCGGGUACUGUCGGAGGUGGGCGUCUGAGGCUGCGGGGAACAGAGCGGGGCCGCCGGGGCCUCGUCAGGGCCGCAGCGGCAGCAGUUGGGCCCCCCGCCCCGGCCGGCGGCCCGGAGAGCGCAGGAAGGGGGCCGGGGGGACCCUUCCCCGGCCGGCCGCAGUCAUGAACUCCAACGUGGAGAACUUACCCCCCCACAUCAUCCGCCUGGUAUACAAGGAAGUGACGACGCUGACCACGGACCCUCCCGAUGGUAUCAAGGUCUUUCCCAACGAGGAGGACCUCACUGACCUGCAGGUCACCAUUGAGGGCCCUGAGGGGACCCCGUACGCUGGAGGCCUGUUCCGCAUGAAACUCCUUCUGGGGAAGGACUUUCCCGCCUCCCCACCCAAGGGCUACUUCCUGACCAAGAUCUUCCACCCGAAUGUGGGCGCCAAUGGCGAGAUCUGUGUCAACGUGCUCAAGAGGGACUGGACGGCUGAGCUGGGCAUCCGGCAUGUGCUGCUGACCAUCAAGUGCCUGCUGAUCCACCCCAAUCCCGAGUCUGCGCUCAAUGAGGAGGCGGGCCGCCUGCUCUUGGAGAACUAUGAGGAGUACGCGGCCCGCGCCCGACUGCUCACAGAGAUCCAUGGGGGUGCUGGCGGGCCCAGCAGUGGAAGGGCUGAGGCUGGCCGGGCCCUGGCCAGUGCCGCUGCAGCCUCCUCCGCUGACCCCUCGGCCCCUGGGGGCCCAGGGGGAGCCGAGGGGCCCAUGGCUAAGAAGCACGCCGGUGAGCGUGACAAGAAGCUGGCGGCCAAGAAGAAGACGGACAAGAAGCGGGCACUGCGGCGGCUGUAAUGGGUUCUUCCCUCCCCACCCCUGCCCGACCCUCAACUCUGUCUCUAAGUUAUUUAAGUUAUGGCUGGGGUGGGGGAGGGCACGGGGGCACUGGGACCUGGAUUUGUUUUUCUAAAUAAAGUUGGAAAAGCA